AAUUUGUCCAAUAUUUAUUAUAAAUUUGUAGUUCUUUAUCACAGUGAAUACCACAAUGACUAUUUUAUUCAUUUCUUAGUUUUGAGCGCGGUGUCCACUAGCAAACGACCACGAAUUUCUUGGUUUAGCGGUAUAUGCCAUCUAAUUACACGUUUCCCAUUGUCCCACGUCUUAUAUAUAGUGCAUAUAUAUACAAGCACGCAAUGCUACUAUGCUAGUUAUGUUCACUAGCUCUUCUUGCAUUGCAUAUCCUAGUGUCCUUAGCAAUAUUAACAGCUAAAUUAAGCAAGAUGAGUCACUUCAAUGAGAGCAGCGGAUACUGCAAUGCAACGCUGAAGUCGUUCGUGUACAACCUGACGUCCUCGUACGCCGACCAGAGGAACGAAGCGACCAUGGUGGCCACGUCGGUGGUCAUGUUCGCCCUCGCGACGCUCUUCUUCAACCUCAACCUCUUCAGCCGCCUCUCCGACAUCAGCGCCAUCCUCAACCCCAGCGUGCGGCUCUUCCUCUCCACCUCGCUCUCCCUCUUCCUCCCCGUCAUGUCCUACCUCUUCUCCGAGGCCAAGAACCAGGGCGCCACCACCGCCACCGGCGCCGCCGGGACCGAGCUCUCGCUGCGCGCUCGGGUCAUCCUCAUGUGGAUGCUCCUGGUGGAGCUCCUCCGCAAGAAGGUGGAGGCGAUCCUUGUCGGCGGCACGCAGGGGUACUCCGGCACCAUCGAGCGCGCCGCCCGCAUCGCCUGGCUCGGCUACCUCGUCUUCUACAACCUCAGGAGCGCCGGCAAGAAGGCGCUGUACGGCAUCUUCUGGGUGCUCGCGGCGGCCAAGCUGGUGCAGAGGUUCGUCACCUUGGAGCUCGCCAAGCGCUCCUUCGCCUACGGCAAGAACCCCACGCUUGUCGCCUCCUACAUGGCUCAGAUACUCAAGGAGGAGGAGGAAGAGGACGACGGCGGCGGUGGAUCAUCGGACCUCCUGAAGCGGUGCAACUAUGUCGUGGCGGGCGAAGAGGACUUGGAGAAGAAGGCCGGCCCCGACGGCUACGACCUCGAGCAUGACGCGCUCAAGGAGGCCGUCGCAAGAGACGACUCCACGGUCGUCACGGUGGGCAAGAUCUGGAAGCUCGCCGAGAGCGACGAGCUGCUCGGGAAGGACCCCAGGCUGAAGAGGCUGUGCCUGUCCAUGGCGCUCUUCAAGCUGCUUCGCCGGAGGCUGGAGGACUUCCCCAUCACCGGCGCGGAGACCCGCAACUGCUACAAGCUCAUCUUCAGAGGCCUUAUCUGCGAGGACGAAGCCCCGGCCGGCAGCGGCGGCGGGGACACCGCCAGCGCCACUGCCGCCGGCGCCAUUGCGCUGUUCCAGGUGUUCGACAGCGAGGUCCAGUUCCUGUGCGAGUACUACCACUCCGUGCACCCCGUGGUGCUUGCCAGCCCCUUCUUCUUCCUCGCCAACUACAUCCUCUUCCCCAUCGUCGUGUGGGCCUUCUGCCUCCUCACCAUCAUCCUGUGCAGCCACGGCGACGUGCGCUACGCUUUCCAGAGCUUGAGAGCCGACAACUACGCCAUCUCGUUCGGCCUGAUGAAGAUGACCGGAUGCAUCCUGGCCAAAAUCGGGAGUUCGCCGCAGAACCUCUUCUCCACCGUGGACACGUCCAUCACCAUCCUCCUCCUCCUCUCCUUCGCCUACGAGGAGGUCUGGGAGUUCGUCGUCUUCCUGCUCUCCAACUGGUUCAUGGCGUCGCUCCUGUGCAGCUACGCCUCCACGCCGCGGUGGCGCGAGAGCCCGCUCCUGAGCGGGAUCAUCCGCCGCAUCCUCUGGGUGCGCAACAUGCUCAGCCAGCACACCGUCUCCUUCAAGCAGGUGUCGAUGCUGUGGUUCCCGUUCUGCCGGCUCUCGUCGGCGCUGCCGACCAAGGCCGUGCCCGUCGAAGCCAAGAAAGCCAUCGUGACCCGCCUGGCGAGCGCCGCCGCCGGCUCCGCCCCUCUGAGCAACGGCAGGUCCGUGGUGCGGUCGGAUACGGAGCUCUCGUGGGCAUGCGGGAGCAGCGCCGGCGGCAUCGCCGAGGUCAUCCUCACCUGGCACAUCGCCACCGCGCUCUUGGAGGCGAAGCACCCGCUGCCGAGGAAGACCAAGCCCGGAGCUGACCGCGAGGUGGCCAUGGCGCUGUCCAGGUACUGCGCCUACCUGGUGGCGUUCCACCCGGAGCUCCUCCCCGACGACAAGGACGGGACGGAGCGCGUGUACAAGGAGACGCAGGAGGAGCUGAAGAAGGAGAUGGGGUGCUUCUGGUACUACUGCUCCGGGGUCGACGCCAGGGCCACCAAGCUGAUGGAGAUCCAGGGGCGGGACAAGGCGGCAGCGGCGGCGACGGCGGCGGCGCUGCGCAAGGGAGCAAAGCUGGGCAAGGCUCUGAUGGAUAGGCACGACGCCGCGGCUGACGACGUGUGGAGGCUGCUGGCCAAACUAUGGACGGAGGUCGUGACGUACGCGGCGCCGACGAGCAGCGAGCUGCACGUCAAGGCACACAAGGAGGCGCUGGCGCAGGGCGGCGAGUUCAUCACUGUGCUUUGGGCGCUCACCACCCACACUGGCAUAGCCCGUGGGACGCCGGCGGCUGCCUGCGUUUAGCUUGGUGUGUUUGGGGAAAGGGAUUGGUGUGUUAAUUUAGUGUGCGGCUCGUAAGCUUUGUUGUUUUUAUUAGCCACGCGGGAGUGAGAUAAAAGACGAACCACUUUUUUGUUGCCUUGUGUGCUUGGUUUGGCAUAUUCCACCGUUGCCAUGGGAUUGUUGUGUUUGCCCAAAAGUUUAACAGCUUUGUCAAUUUUUUUUGAACUUAGCUUUGUCAAUUUUUUAA